AUGGCUCAGGGUGAGAGUGGAGGGGUGACAGGGAAUGAUAUCACUCAGACGGAGCUUGAGUCUGAGAUCCAGGGUGUCAAAGCAACCAGUGACCAGACCAACAUCACCCCUGACAUCUGGGCUGAGCUGAAGGAGCUGAGAGACAUGGCCAUCAAACACAGUGUGGAGCUGAGCAACAGCAAGAGCAAGAUGGAGAAGCUGGAGCAGGAGAAUACAGCCAUACAGGCCAGACUGACAGUCAGUGAAAGCAACAAUGCAGUGUUGGAGUCCAAAAUGAAUGACAGUGAAAACGAGAUGGUGAAGCUCAAGAUACAGGAUGAAGUCUUAAAGGCCAGAAUGAAAACCAGUGAAAAUGUGAUGGAGGAGCUCAAGAAGGAGAACACAGAUCUUCAAUCCAGAGUAACAGCGAGUGAAGAUAAGAGCACAGUGUUGGAGACCAGAAUGGACACCAAUGAAAAUGAGAUGGUGAAGCUCAAGAUAGAGAAUGCAGUUUUGAAGGCCAGAAUGAAAACCAGUGAAAAUGUGAUGGAGGAGCUCAAGAAGGAGAACACAGAUCUUCAAUCCAGAGUAACAGCAUUUGAAGAUAAGAGCACAGUGUUGGAGGGCAGAAUGAACACCAGUGAAAACGAGGUGGAGGAGCUGAAGAGACAGAAUGCAGUUUUGAAGGCCAGAAUGAAAACCAGUGAAAAUGUGAUGGAGGAGCUCAAGAAGGAGAACACAGAUCUUCAAUCCAGAGUAACAGCGAGUGAAGAUAAGAGCACAGUGUUGGAGGCCAGAAUGAACACCAAUGAAAACGAGAUGGUGAAGCUCAAGAUAGAGAAUGCAGUUUUGAAGGCCAGAAUGAAAACCAGUGAAAAUGUGAUGGAGGAGCUCAAGAAGGAGAACACAGAUCUUCAAUCCAGAGUAACAGCGAGUGAAGAUAAGAGCACAGUGUUGGAGACCAGAAUGAACACCAGUGAAAACGAGGUGGAGGAGCUGAAGAGACAGAAUGCAGACCGACCAAAGGUGGCGUUCUCACUUGGUCUCACUGAUGAUGGACUUAUUGGACCCUUCAAUACUGACAUCACACUUAAGUUCAGUAGAAUCAUCACCAACUUUGGUCAGGCCUACAGUCCAACUACAGGUGUCUUCACAGCCCCAGUCAGAGGAGUCUACUACUUCUCAGUCAAUACACUGGAUCUCCGGACUAAUGUAUGGAGCAUUGUUUAUCUCUAUCACAAUGACAAGAGAAUGUUGUGGAUUGAUAAUUACAAUGAUGAACAUGGCUAUACCAGACUUUCUAAUUCACUGGUUCUUCAGCUGGAAAAGGGGGAUGUGGUCUACAUGGUUUUACCUGGCGGCUAUAGUGUAUUCGAUAAUACCGAUAAUCAUACUAUCUUUAAUGGAUUUCUGCUUUUUCCACUCUGAGACUAAAA